AUGGGUCGUGUGAUCCGCAAUCAGAGGAAGGGUCGUGGAUCCAUUUUCACGGCUCACACCCGUCUCAACAAGGCUCCUGCCCAGUUCCGCACGCUCGACUACGCUGAGCGCCAUGGAUAUGUCAGGGGUGUUGUGAAGGAGAUCAUUCACGACCCCGGCCGUGGUGCUCCUCUCGCUAAGGUCCAGUUCCGUCACCCUUACAAGUUCAAGAUGGUUACCGAGACCUUCAUCGCCAACGAGGGCAUGUACACUGGUCAAUUCAUCUACGCCGGAAAGAACGCUGCCCUGACUGUCGGCAACAUCCUCCCUCUAGCCUCUGUCCCUGAGGGUACUGUCGUUACCAAUGUUGAGGAGAAGUCUGGUGACCGUGGUGCUCUUGGUCGUACCUCUGGAAACUACGUUACCGUCAUUGGCCACAACCCUGAGGAGGGCAAGACCAGAAUCAAGCUCCCCAGUGGUGCCAAGAAGGUUGUAAAGAGCACCGCUCGUGGUAUGGUUGGUAUCGUCGCUGGUGGUGGUCGUACCGACAAGCCUCUGCUCAAGGCUUCUCGUGCCAAGCACAAGUUCGCUGUCAAGCGCAACUCUUGGCCCAAGACUCGUGGUGUUGCCAUGAACCCUGUCGAUCACCCUCACGGUGGUGGUAACCACCAGCACAUCGGUAAGGCCUCGACCAUCUCUCGCUACGCCGCCCACGGUCAAAAAGCCGGUCUUAUUGCUGCCCGGAGAACUGGUCUGCUCCGCGGUACCCAGAAGACCAAGGAAUAA